AUGACCGGCCAAGGGAAACAGACAAGACACAUUUUAGUAGCCCGAAACCGUGUCCGUUGCAACGCUCACUUUGAGAGUGAGGCAAAAGAGAAAGAAAUGAGUAGGAAGGAGGAAACAGGAUAUGCACGUAUGGAGAGAUUUGGUUUGAAGAAAAGUUAUUUAUGGGAAGAGAGAGAAAGAAAGAUGAUGGAGGUUGAAGUUGAGACAGGGUGGAGGUGGGACUCGCUUUUACUGCGUAAGUUCGAUGUGGCUUUGGCAAAGGUUGAAAGCCAAAAAGAGAAAGACAAGUAG